AUGAGAUUUGAUAUAGGCAUCAUCAUCCUCCUCUUCAUUGCGACCCUUACGGUGGCCUACACCAGAGACCACCAUAUUGUUGAUGAUGAUUUCGUUAUUGAAGAUCCGUACGCUGAUUUGGAGGAACUUCAUGGAACUGCGACUGGCGGUAUGAACCCUCGUGAACCUGAGCAACUCGAGGAGGAAUUCAAAAGGUUUGAUACCAAUAAUGAUGGAGGUAUCGAUCCACAAGAAGUGAGGGCUAUAUAUAAAGGCUAUAUGGACCAGGCGGAUUUGUUCAAGUUUUAUAGUGAAGCCGAUAAGAACGAGGACGGCUUGAUUGAUAUGAAUGAAUAUAAGGCGUAUGCUCGAAUGAACUAA